AUGACGGGCGCCGCUCCGAUUGACAUUGCCACUCGACAGUCGACCUCGGUCUCACCACCGGGGCAACAGGCGUCGAAUCUCACUUCGGCCCUGCAAAAGGCCGGCUCGAGUGAGCGCACAGGGAGCAUAUCACAUCAUCCAAGCGGUGGCCUCGGGGUGUUCAAAGCGCCGCCACCUCGCAAGGACUCGAUUGGGGCCAUGAAUGCACAAUGGGCCAACGGCACGAAGCCCAUUUCCAUGUCGGGCUCCGCUCGCGAUAAAGGUCGCCGAGAGUCACUCGCCGGCAGCUUGGUGGGCGGCAUGAGCUGGGGUGGUGUCUCUGUUGGGAGCUGGAUCCGUGACGACAUAAUCAUGACCGGUACCUCCCCAUUUACCUUCCAGUCACCGUCUUUCCAUUCCUCCUCAUAUCUCCCGAAACUGGAGGCCAACUUCAUGCGGGACUUUUCCUGCUGCGGUGUGACGUUACCGACGCUUCAUGACCUAUUACAACACUACGAAGAAGCCCAUGCGACCAAAUCACCCAACCAAGGACAUCGCCCGAGCCAGGGUGAGAACCGGGCUGCCUUGGCCGCCGCUGCCAUUGCGCAGCAACAGAAUCAGCAACAUGGCAACCAAGGGCGCGGCCUGCAGCCUGAUCGCACUUUGGACUUGCAGCGCAAGAUGGGUCAACCUCCAUCCGCGUCCCAGCACGUGGACCUAGACACGAUCGAUGAUAUGGAGUUGGACGAUCCCAUGGGCGACGCUGAUCCCACAACCUCCCAACUCUUCACUUCACAGUUGCGCGACAGCAUCCAAGGUGGAUUUGGCAAUGCAAACCAAGGUCCGCAAUUAAACCUCGGCAUGCUUCCACCUCACCAGGGCUUCAAUACGCCCUCCCAACCCGGUACCCCGAUAGGAUCGGCACGUCCGCUCUCCCUCUCCAAUAACCCCACUGUUUCCUCCGUUAAUACCCCUACUCUCAUGGCCAAUCCACUGCAAAAUUCCCAGUUUCGAAAUACCCCCGACUCGUCCGGUCCCGGCACCCCGGCCGAAAUUGACGAGAGCGUGGUUGGUGGAUUCGGCGACCUCAAUAUGCAAAAUAACGUUAUGGGCCAGAACCAAGCUCAGUAUGGGCGAUUCCCCGGCAACAAUGAUAUGGUUGAUCUAUGCAUCGAUGAGCCGGCUAAACGCCUAUUCAGCCCUAAUGGCGGACUAGGCACUCCCAACGCCCACUUUAAGCUCAGCGGAGCCCAGUAUGGACCAAACAGUGACAUCGCCCGACGGAUCAGAGAGCAACAGCUCCUGGCCGGCGUUCCGGAUACAACUGCUAUCCUUCCCAAUGAGGAACCAAAGCCAUUCCGCUGCCCUGUUAUCGGCUGUGAGAAGGCCUAUAAGAAUCAGAACGGUCUUAAAUACCACAAGGCUCACGGCCACAAUAACCAACAACUGCAUGAUAAUGCCGACGGCACCUUCUCCAUCGUCAACCCUGAGACAUCAACCCCGUACCCCGGCACUCUGGGAAUGGAGAAAGAAAAACCAUACCGCUGCGAAGUAUGCGGUAAGCGGUAUAAGAAUCUGAACGGACUCAAAUACCAUAAAUCGCACUCGCCUCCUUGCAACCCAGAUUUCCAGCUUGCAGCAGGUCGCAACCUGAAUCUCGGCGGUGGAGUCAUGCAGGGACAGAACAUUAAUGUUGCUGGAGCUGGCCUCCCAGGAAUUGGCGAGGAAGGUCUCCUAUAG